AUGGAUUUGGCUGCAACCAAAUGUUGGUUCAUUUGGAAAGAGCGAUGCCUAAGAGUGUUUGAAAAAAAAGAACGAACACCUGAACAACUUGCAGUUGACAUUUCUCGUCACUAUAAUUACUGGCACCCUCACAGUAGCAGCAUUAACUUACAUAAGCAUAGCAAAAAUACUGCAAAGAAUAUACACUGGAUCUUUCCUAGUAGAGACAUCAUUAAACUAAAUUGUGAUGCUUCUUGGGUGUCCAAAAAUACUAAUGCAGGAUUUUGGUUUGUGUUGCGUAAUUGGUUAGGUACAGACAAGGGAGCAGGAAUGGGCAUCUUCAGAGGAUCAACAACAGAAGAAGCAGAAGCUCUACCUCUUCUGCACACAACAAGAUGGGCCAUACAAAACAACCUACAAAAUCUGGUCAUUGAAGGUGAUAAUCAAGUAACUAUAAAUUUUCUACAAGGGAAAGAAGUUUCAGUCCAAUGGAAAUGCCUAGCAAUCUUAGAAGAAGUCAAAGCUUCAGUUACAACACUAGUUUCUUUUUUGGGUUUCCAACAUGUAGACAGACGCGCAAACAAAGUAGCUGAUCUAUUGGCUAAAUAG